AACAUUGCUGUUUUUAAGCCUCAUAACCUCAUCCUUACAGCCAGGUAAGUUGACGGUAAACAGUGGCCCUAGUGAACAUCACAACAAACAAAAGCCUUCACCCCCCAGCCCCACUACACAGUGUCCUGAACACAUCAGCCCCAACACCUCCUCUCAAAACAAUCGAAGAGGAAGGGAAGUGUUUAGCAGGAACUUCUGCUGAUUUUGCUGGUGGGUUUAUCUUUAGCACCUCACCCAGUGAGGCAUGUGUAUGUCCUGAACUAUUACAAAGCACCCUCAGGAUAUCCUCCAAAAAGCACUUCAUUUGAAGAGGGAAGCUUCCUGGCUGACCAGAGGCAUGAAGAAAAGAUUGUUCCAGAUUUUGGGCUUCCUAAUAUCCACACUGGGAUGGCUCUUUGUGUCCUGUACCAUGGCCAUGGAUUACUGGAGGGUCUCCCAGAUUGGGGGUCUGGGUGGAUCCAACAUUAUCAAAGUGGCCUGGUACUGGUCCAACCUGUGGAAGGACUGCUUUAUCGAUUCCACCGCUGUGGUCAACUGCAGAGACUUUCCUGUGCUGUGGAAUGUGACAUCCUACGUCCAGGGAGUCCGAGGCUUGUUGAUGUUCGGCCUGGGUUUCGGGUUUGUGGCCGCCAUUCUGGCCUUUGUGGGGAUGGAAUGCACCAACAUCGGAGGGUCUGAUAAGAUCAACGAUCAGGUCCUCUUCUCGGGGGCGAUUUUCCACAUCGCCGGAGGCAUCUGUGACAUCGCCGGAUACUGCUUAUACAUAAACAGGAUCGCGAGAACUGCCUUCAACCCAAACCUCGACCCCACGAGCUUAAGGUAUGACAUAGGCACUCCUCUCUUCCUGGGGUUGGUGGGAAGCUUCCUCAUCCUGACUGGCGCAGUGUUUUAUUUGGUCACUGUGUACCGUGUCAUCCUCCCAGAACCGAAAGUGGUGUAUGCCUCAAAAUCAUAUGCCACCCCACGGAACAGAAGCAGGACGUUGUACACGGGAUACUACCGACCCUCACAGCAAUCACAGCGAUCCACCUUAUCCUCUGAGUCCAAGAGCUCUGAACUCUCCAACAUUUCUCAGAUCACGGACGAGAAAAUAUCAGACAGAGACGCCUUUGUGUGAUCAAAAUGGCUAUGAUUUAUAAAUUUGGCCUUCAUCAAUGAAUGUAGGGCUAAAUAUUUCUGACGUAUGAACAACACCUCAACAGUGGGCUAGAUGGAUGCAAUACAUUAAUUAUUUUUAAAGUUUUUCUUAGGAUAACAGAAAGCCAGAAAAUAAAUUAUCUAAUGAAGUACAUAAUUCAGAGACUAAUUCUGAUAUUUUCAAAAAGUGCAAAUGUAAAUUAAUAUGAUUGUUAUGUAUUGAAUUGUUUGUUGUUAUUUUUUAUCUACACUUGUGAAUAAAUUUUUAAAGGUAUUGUGUAUCAUGUUUUGGUGACAUGUUGCUGUAUAUUAUGCCAUUGGGUUAUAAAAUGAGACUACAGUAAAUUAAUAAAAUAUUUUGUUUGGAAAAUG